GGACCCCGCGCAAGGAUCAACGGGUAGCACGGGAAUUGGUCAGAGCGACAAGAGCAAAUCCAACCACCAUCCAGCCGUUGUUCUUCCCCCAAUUACGCCUGCCAUCACCUCGUCCGCUUUGAUGGUGCAAUUAUCAUGGCUAACUUCUACUAAUGCAUACUCAGUUGGUGUUGCUUCACAGAUCAUGUAAGCCAACCGGCCGAGAGUUUUUGAGCCAAAGACACAAGGCAUGAUUAAUGUUAAACAUCCCUAUCCAGCAUGUUGAAUAUCACCCCAAUCGCCAAAGGUAUGGAAGCCAAGGCAAAUGCAGUUGUCUUCUAACUCUGCACGGUAGUGGGACUUGGAUUAAUUUGCUGUCUUCACUUGAUAAGCCUUUUCUUGAGUAGGAUUGAAGUUUUCAAACGGCCAAGGGUUUAUCCUGCAGAUCUCACUUCCCCAGCACUCACCCCUGAUAGUAUUGCCCUCUUUGAACCUCACUUUCUGGCAUCUGGAAGACCAAAAUAGCACUUGCACGAUACCACAAAAUGUAGGGGUAGUAUUGGGGUAGUAUUACUAAGAACUCCAGGAAGGUCCUAAUUCAAAUGCGCGAAGGAACAGAUUUGUGAACUUUCACUGAGAUAUUCUAUUAGCGACCAGAGUCCAGACAUCAAUAUAUGAUAUUAUCCAUCGCUUUCAAACCUUAUUUUCUAAACUGAUCGAAGCCCCCUUGAUGAACCUUCAGUCUAGUGGAGUACCUUUUGCGAGGUACCAUCUUUGUUUUUCACAAUGGUCAAGCAGUUGAACACCGCAUGCUUGGUCAUUAUCGUUGUUUUUGAGGUUGUUGGCUCAAUCUUCUGCUUUGGUCGUCUAGCCUCAAGGUUAGUAUCAAAACCACAAUGGAAGGGAUUGAUGAUGUGGAGUGAUAUCUGUAUGAGUAUAGCUUGGGUUCUAUCUGUUGUGGAAACUGUCGCUAUAUACGGACUAACAUCGUACGCGAAAUAUGGCUACAAAUCAUCAGAUCUUGUCCAAUUUGAUAUCGACAUAUCUACAGAAAUGAAAUGGUCAAUGUUUGAUUCCCUUUGCUACAAUCCGAUUCUCGGUUUCGUCAAGGCCUCCAUGAUUCUUCUAUAUCUUCGACUUGGGGGAAUAAGACAAAGAGUUCGAUACGCCUCAUAUGCAGUCUUAUGCAUCAAUUUCGCCCUUAUGAUCGCUAUCUUUUUUGUCGAUAUGUUUCAAUGUGUACCGUUCUCAUAUAACUUCUACUCGACAGAGAUGGAUUUGGCAGCUCAGAUUAAAGCAAAUGCCACAGAUCCGGGAAUUGGACCUUAUGGGCCUGUAUCUUCUGGGUUCAAAGACGGGAAAUAUAUAACGGGUGGUAAAUGCAUCAAUGGUGUCAAUUUUAUAUUGUCUACUGCUGGUUUAACUAUUUUGACAGACCUGUUGGUUCUAUGCAUUCCAAUCUAUAUGGUAAAGGAUCUCAAGAUGAAUUCACAGAAAAAGGCUGCAGCAAUCUUCAUUCUGUGCAUGGGCUUGGGUGUUACUGCUAUCGGAAUCUGUCGUCUUGUUUUCACUUACCGUGCAUUCUACCCCAAUGUCCCUGACCCGGGAUUGAAUGUUGACAGCACCAUAUCUCAAAUCGAGACUGGUCUUGCGUUGGUUAUAGGCUGCGUCCCUGAUCUUCUUCCUCUUAUCCGCCUGCUAGUACCUGGUUUCUUCAAUUUCGCGACCAGGCAAUCAACCCAUCCAGCUCGAUAUCCUUACUCCUCAACUCUCGAUAGCAAAAGGAAACCUCAAGGCCAAAGCGACAUUCUCAACAACACCACGUACCAAGAACAUGGACUAGACGUUUUAAAAUUGCGUCCUAAUAACGGACUGGUACAACGUGAAACGCACGUUAGAGGUGCUGCGAGUACCGAUAGUUUGACUGGUAGUCAAAUAGAAAUGUUCGACAAAAAUAUCGACGACAAGUCGGAUUCAAAGACGAUUAUAAAGACUACACAUUUUUCAGUGAAAGAAUCGGAUCUAAACGAUCCAAGUAAGACUUGGAGUAAUGUUUGAGGUAGUCAUAAGUAUUGCUUUUGAACCUCUUUGUUUUCAUUUGUUGGUUAUGGGGUCGAAAGGGCAUUUAGCCUGUUUGUUUUAGAGCCUGCGAGAAAAUCAUCA